AGAGCGGCGAUCACACAGCAUCAGCUAUUCAAGGAGCUGCAAGUACAGGAAGAGGCGCCAGGAGGCCCGAGGGAGGCAGCUACAAAAGCCUCAACCCAGAGGAGUGGUGCCUGUGGAUGGACAGUGCAGGCACCAAUGGCAUCGCAGGAGCUUGUUGCUGCUGACAAUCUGAACCCAGGAAUGGAGGGGGGCACCGUGCCUAAUGGGAAUAAAACCUGCCCUGUCCACACCCCAGGUGGAGAGGACACAAAAAGGGGCUUUCGAAAGGGCAUAGGGAGGCAUAAUGACUAUGUGAAGAUCUCUGUGCCAGACUCCAAGGUCAGCCGUCUACCCAUGGAGUGGUGGAAGACGGUGAUUGCCUUCUUUUACGCUGGUUUUAACUUGGUCCUGACAACAGUCGUCAUCACUGUGGUUCACGAGAGGGUGCCGCCUAAAGAGAUCAGCCCACCUCUUCCUGAUAAGUUCUUUGACUAUAUCGACCGGGUCAACUGGGCGUUCACAGUGACAGAGAUCAACGGCAUGGUGCUGCUGGCAAUCUGGUUGAUCCAGUUGUUCUUCUUCCGAUACAAGUCAAUCGCAUGCAGGAGGUUCUUCUUUCUCAUAGGCACCCUGUACUUGUACCGUUGUGUGACUAUGUACAUCACCACCCUGCCUGUACCUGGCAUACACAUGACCUGUGCUCCUAAGCUCCAUGGAGACUCUCAGGCAAAACUCCAGCGAAUCCUGCGCCUGGUCUCAGGAGGAGGUCUGUCCAUUACCAGUUCCCAUCUUAUGUGUGGAGAUUUCCUCUACAGUGGACACACUGUGAUGCUCACUCUCACCUACCUGUUCAUCAAGGAGUACUCGCCGCGGUCAUUCUGGUGGUAUCAUCUCAUGUGCUGGCUGCUGAGUGCCGUGGGUGUGGUGUGCAUCCUCGUGGCACAUGAGCAUUACAGCGUGGAUGUGGUCGUGGCCUAUUUCAUCACGUCACGCCUGUUCUGGUGGUACCACACCAUGGCCAACUUACAGACUCUGAAGUGCUCGCCCAACAACUACCUCACCAACACCUGGUGGAACCCGCUGUUCAACUUCCUGGAGAGGAACGUCCAAACUGCUGUGCCGUGCUCGUACAGCUGGCCCAUCACCUGGCCCCCUGCCUGCUUUAAGAACCCCUGCAAGAAGUACUCCAUGGUACAGAGCACACGAGAGGAAUGAUGUGACUCUGAUACCCCAGCAGUGUCGCCUGAUAAUCCACAGAAGUGGUAUUUUUCCUUCAGUCUUACCAAAUGGACAGAAACAUGACAGUACCAAAAACAAAUCAAUAUGGAAGAAAUGUUUCAGCAAACCGUGUUAGGAAGGGUCAUCGUGAUGUCUUUGUGUGUUUUCUUUAUAGAUGUAAUUUAUUUAUAAGAUACGUCCUGCAAAGUCCUCUUUGUUUUUCUUUUUUUAAAUCAGCUCUCAGUGAUGGGCAGUUUGUUGCAAAGGUAUUGUAGAUCCAUUGCAGUAGAUUUGCAACACAUGAUUUCAGAUCUGCUGCUGUAAGUCUUUUGUUUGUGUUAACAGGGUUUACCUCACUAUGAUUUUAAUGUGCUCAAGUCACAAGGUGCCUUAGUGUGUUCAAUGCCAGUAUAUGUCCAAAACUGCCAUUACCAGCUUUGUAUUUGUAUUUUUCUAUAUGAGUUUUUUCAAUAUCCUAAAUUUUGUUUUCAUUUUAGUAACACUGAGUAUGUGCUGUAUAUCCUAGCUGUAGUCUCAGCAUUGUGUAUAAUUGCAUUAAAA